AUGUCGGCAGAUAUAUUUACUUUAUCAUGGUUUAUGGUGUUUGCUUUGAUUAUGUUGAUUGCUCUUGUUGCUAAUAUAAUUAUUAUUUUAGCAAUACUUCGAGAUAAAUCAAUGCAUACAUCAACUUAUUUUUAUAUUAUUAAUGUUAAUAUAGCUGAUAUUCUUCUUGUACUUAGUUGUUUACCAGAACGUUUAGCUGCAGCAUUUGGAUCUAAUGAUGGAUUUAAUUUAGGCAUGCUUACAUGUUAUUUACUUCCAUUUCUUCAACAAGUAUCAAUGCAUGCAGCAUUGGCUUUUUUACUUGUCUUAACUAUACAUCGUUGUUAUCCAGCUGGUGUUCCACAUUUUUUACAAGGUGAUUUAAUUCGUCGACAAAUACGUAAUCAUUAUCAAACAUUAUGUAUUCUAUGGGCAUUUGCUAUAUUAAUUAAUUUACCAUUAUUUUCAAUAACAAAAUAUGAAAAAAAUCUUUUAAAUAUAACAAUUAUGAAAGCAAAUCAUACAAAUUCAACAUUUUCAAUUGUAGAACGUAAUUGUUUUACAGGAGCAACAGAAAUAUGGUCACGCACUUAUUUAAUAUUACUUCUUGUUUUUACUUAUCUUAUAACUGGUAUUUUUCUUAUUGUUAUUUAUGGACAAGUUAUACGUAUAAUACUUGCAUCAGAAAAAUAUGUGAAAAAUUCAAGUAGUAAAAGUUCAAAUAAUAGUGAUCAAUAUCGAUUUUUUUCAUCGGAUAAACUGAAAGAACAAUAUCGUUCAAAAUUAAUUACUCGAACAAAUGGAAGAGGUGAUGGAGAAACUCCACGUACAUAUUCAACAUCAUCAUCAACAAGUGGAUCAAAUCGACGUCCACCACAUAAUUCACCUAAUUCAUCUGUAGUUAUUUGUACACCAGUAGUACACAAUGAUUUACAUAGAUCUUCAAGUCAUUCUCAUUCAGCACAACAUAUUCAAGUUAUUGUUAUGCUUUUUAUUGUUAUUAUAUUAUAUAUACUUCUUCUUUUACCAUAUCGUUUAUUAAAUUUAUUAUAUAUUGUACAUAAUAAAAUCUUUCAACAAACAUUUAUGAAUGAAAUUUUAUUUCAAUGUUUAUUAAAUAGUGUUCGUUUACUUGUUUUUCUUAAUUGUGCAUUGCAACCAAUUAUAUAUUUAGUAAUAUCUUCACGUUUACGUCAAACAGUUAUUAAACUUCUUCGUUCAUGGUAUAAAUGUUAUUGUUAUUGUCGAUUUUCAUCCUUAUCAUCAUCAUCAUCACCAUCAUCUCAUACUGAACAACAAGAUACUCGAGCUAUGCGUAUACAUUUAUCAAAAAUCUAUCAAAAUACAAAUCGUUGUCAAAAUCAUCAGCAAAAACAAAAUAUUUAUCGAGAGAAUCGUCUAUUACAAACAUCAUUAAAUAAUGCACAUUUAAUAUCUGGUCAUGCUGCAACAUUAAAUCCUAUAUCACAACGACAAUUUCAACCAUUUUUACAUAUAACUAAUAAAACUAGAUUUGCUAUUUCAUUUACUAAUGGACGAUGA